AUGACAUCAACUUCCGAAGCUUCACACUCUCGCUCACUCAUAGUUCAAAUUGCUACCUAUAACACCAACCUUCAAGGUUCUCAGGGGACUCCGCAAGAUUUAGUAGACUGGCUAGCGCCCACUUUAUCUGCAUCUCACUUUCGGGAACCACCUGAUAUUGUUGCUGUAGGAUUUCAAGAGUUGUUGCCGUUGCAUCUUGGCCUCACCGGUCUUUCGAAAGGUGUUGUUGCCAGUCGUGAUGAACUACUCCGCUCUCAAAUAGAAAAACAUAAUUCUUCGUCUGGCGAACAUGUGGCGUAUACUUUGGUAGCGAAAGCAGUCAACGUUGGUGUGGCAUUGUUGAUAUAUGCUCGAGACCACGGAGUUGGUCAGCGCAUAUGCGAUGUUCAAACCGCGUGGACGGGGUUUGGGCCUGCAUGGGUGGGAAAUAAAGGGGCCGUCGGCAUAAGGUUCCGUAUCUCCUCUGAGUUCGGUGCCGGAGGAGGAGAAAUCAUGACCUUUGUCUGCGCUCACUUGACCGCACAUGCCCACAAUAUGAAGAGCCGACUUAGGGACUGGGAACAUAUGGUCAAGACGCUGCUAUUCGCGAACACAAGCAGAGAGAGCACGAUAGCAGAUAGUAGUAUUUAUGCUACCUCUCAUUUGUUCGUACUCGGUGACACAAAUUCACGAUUGGAUGUUCCUAUGUCGGAUAAUGGUCCGCUCACACACGAUGAAGUGGUGGCCCAAAUUUCUACUCCAGAAGGCCGAGAGCGAGCAAAGAACUGGGAUCAGUUACGAAGAGAGAUCAGUUUGGGAAAUACGUUCCAUGGGUUAAGGGAAGGAGAGUUUUGGGAAUUUCCUCCAUCUUACAAAUAUGCUAUUGGGGAGGUAAACACGUUUAGUCAAAAGCGUCUUCCUGCGUGGACUGAUCGAAUUUUAUAUACCACUUAUCUUGAUUCUCCAGCAACUCCCGAGGCUUCCUAUAUCAUACCUAUGCUCUAUACUACGGUUCCUUCGUAUACAACAUCGGAUCACAAGCCCGUGGUUGCACUUUUGCGCGUUCCAUCAGCAGCAGCGUCCAGCCUAACGCCCAUGCUUCACCACUAUGGAAACCUUCCGUUCCAGCCCGCUUACUAUCCCGCGCUCAUCAAGAAAUAUGUCGGGAAGCUUUUGGGCUGGGUUUUGGGGUGGUUUUGGUGUGCACUUUGGUUCAUCGGGGCGGGCCAUGCCGGCGUCGGAUUGGGUAACUUUAUUGUUGGCGCGGGUGCAGCUGCGUGGUGGAAACCCCCUAAUAUUAAGCUUGAUUGUGUUAAAGCGUGGACGAGCUCUGGCAGCUCUUAUUUUAUCUUCAAUAAUGAGGCCUUAAAAGCGGCUACUCAGAGAAACAAAACAGUCGUCUGUGCAACCUCGGCAAGUCUUCUGUCUACCCUUGCUGGAUAUCCCCUCGACUCUCUUAAAAGUCGUCUCCAAGCCUCCCGCACCCCGAUAUCAGUUCCCCGACUUGCGCAGCUAGUAUGGCGUGAGGAAGGGCUUGCAGGAUUUUUCCGAGGAAUAUGGAUACCUCUCAUGACUAUUUCAGCUGUUCGCGCGGCGUCUUUUACGAUCUAUACAAAUUCGAAGAACUAUCUCCAUGACGUGCAGGGAUUAUCGAGAUCCAAGUGGUCGCACGUUGCGUUAUCAGGUGCUACAGCUGGCGCGGUAUCUGGGUCACUUAUCUCGUUUUGCGGUGCUCCGUUCGAAUUGGUCAAAAUACGAAGGCAGCUCGAAUACUCCAUCGCGGCUGAAAAGGGUAUUGCUGUCGAUAAACCACCGGGAAAUAUAGAUGCAAUCAAAGAUAUCUUUCGUCAACAUGGUACACUCGGACUAUACAAAGGAUUCAAGCUCCAUUUUGUCCGCGAUACGGCUGGAACUGCGCUGUACUUUAUGGAAUACGAUGCCAUGAGGCUUUUAUUGGGGCGUCUUCCCAAUGGCCAUCAAGGUUCGACUCCAACAUGGUUCCCCCUCCACCACUCCAUGAUACCCUUUUUUUGCGGGUCUAUUGCUGGAGUCACGUCAUGGGCGAUCAUAUAUCCAUUAGAUGUUGUGAAAACCAAGAUUCAGCAGCGAGCGCUUGCAGGUAUACCUGCGCGGGGUGUAUUUGAGACUUUUAAGCGUAUGCUACGUGGUAGCGAUCCCAAUUCACCGAAACCUCUACUGGUUGGGCUCACCCGACUAUACCAGGGGCUGGGUGUGAGUGCCUUUCGAAGUAUCCUAACACACGGCAUGCUCUGGACGUUCUUUGACUGGGUCGGAAACUUCAUCGAUGACCUAUAG